AUGCUUCUAGCAAACCUUUGGGUUCUGAUAGCUUCAGCUGUCUCAGUUUCUCCAUAUGUAAUUAGAGAUAAUUUCGAUGUUGAUCCCAACACUCUGACUACUUUUUUGAGCCAACUGGCUAGUUCUGAUGACAGAGUCGAUGCCAAAGUUCAGCUUAACUAUCAGAAUAUGGCUUCAAAAGCCCACUUCGAUCAUGACAAUGCUCCAAAACCUUUAUUCACCUCGGUCGACCCAGCAGUUCUUCAACGACCAACAUUCACUUCUCUGCAAAACUUGAUGAAGUUCUAUCAAGCAGAUGCUACUGUUGCUGAAAACCGUACCCCAAGUUGGAAUACUGCUAUCUCAGAUUUCUUAGAUGAUGUUCUCAACACCAAUGUCAUGAAGACCGCUCAAAACUUCUUGUACAAUCAUGGAAUGGCUUCAAAUGAUCUUCAAACUUUCAAAGAGCAGGUUACUUCAAUUUGGUUCACUCUCUUCUCACGUAAUGGAGGAGUACCUUCAAGCUCAGGAUUCAAAUCCCUUUUCUUCGGAGAGGAAACCUCUGGAAAAGUUGUUUCUUUCAAUAACUGGGUUCAGUUCUACCUUCAAGAGAAUGCUGGACUUAUCAACUACCAUGGAUGGUUUACAAAGGAGAACGUGAGUUUCAAAGUUAUUUUUAUUAUUUAA